UGUCAAAAAAGUAUGGAAAGUGGAAAAUAGAUAAACUCUUGUUUCAACUUGAUAAAACUCAAUACUCAACUAAACUCAAAUAAAACGAACUAAUCUGACCUAAUGAUUUUUCUUUCCUACUGAACAUCGGUCAAUAAAGAUCGAACCUUGGACUAAUGACUAUAUGUGAAUUUACAGUUAUUUGUCGUCGUAUUUCGACCUGUAAUGGUAACUGAAAAAUGUUAGAAGUCUUACAAAUGUUUUUAUUCUUAUUCAAGUCGAAAUAUCGACGAAAAUUUUUCGAAUGGCCGUUUAUAUGCUGUGUAAUACUAGUCCUCAUAGAAGUUGGUAAUUCGGUCCAUGGUAAAUGUCUAGAGAGUAACUGUAAUGGCAAUGGGGUAUGCAGAAAUGAUACCUGUGUUUGUUAUGAUGGGUGGCAAGGACCGCAGUGUCAGUUUUGUGGAGGUAAAGUAAGACUUGGAGCCUCUACAGGGGUAAUAUAUGACGGCCUAGGAAACUACUCCAUAAAUGUUAAAUGUAGCUGGUUAAUCGAUGCUCCAAACUCGUCUAUCACUCUCCAUUUACAAGAAUUUGCCACUGAAUGCGGUUGGGAUCAUCUUUACAUAUUUGAUGGAGAUAGUGUUGCUUCUCCUCUUCUUGGUGUAUUCAGUGGCCUCAUGUACAAAGAUGGUUACAGUAUCCGGAGGAUUCCAGAAGUAGUCGCCACUAGUGGAUCUGCUUUGGUGCAUUUCUUCAGUGAUGACGCUUUCAAUAUGUCGGGCUUCAAUAUAAGUUACAGACUCAACGCUUGUCCUUCGAAUGUAGCUGGCGUUGACUGUUCUGGGAAUGGUGCUUGCAUUGACGGACAGUGUACUUGUGAUGGUUACUGGGGAGGAGUAGCUUGCCAUUUAGAAAAGUGUCCAAAUAACUGCGGUAAAUCCAAAGAUAGAGGUAGAUGCGACCAAAAUGGCUGCAUCUGUAACCCAGAUUAUAAAGGUUACGAUUGCAGUCAACUGAGGGUCAAUGGUUACUGGGAAAUGGUAUCUGUUCCGAGUUUUGUUCCACCGGGAUCGGCCUCCCAUGGUGCUGUUGUUUGGAAAGAUUCAAUGUAUGUGACUACGGGAGAGAGUUAUGGUAGAGGAACGAUUCUGUAUGUGUACGACUUCAAUGGUAAUGUGUGGGAAAAACCUCAUGUAACGCCAAAUCCAUCACCUCGAUAUGGCCACUCUACAGUUAUCUAUGGUGAUAAGAUAUUUUUGUAUGGAGGAAUUCUUGGAAAUAGAGGGGCUACUUCUGAAAUUUGGGCCUUCGAUAUAAGUGCCAAAACAUGGGAGAACAUAACGGUCAAAUCUUUAUCUUGCAACGACAGUUACCUGAUGUGCGGCCCCCUCAAAUUAGCGGGCCACACCGCCACUGUCGUAACGAAUAUCGACAAUAAAAAAGCCGACAGGAUGAUCGUCAUAUUCGGAUACUCCUCCAGUUUCGGAUAUCUGAAUACGGUUCAAGAGUAUUAUUUCGGAGAACGGGAGUGGUACAUAGUGAACACCAGGGGAUUUCCGGUGAAAGGGGGCUACGGUCAUUCCGCAGCUUGGGAUCCUUUGACCUCGAAAAUAUACGUUUAUGGGGGUAUCGUGUCGGAGAGUGACACUACGCAGACCUUGAGCAGACAUAUAUAUUCUUACGAGCCGAACUCUAGGACUUGGACCCUCUUGACUGAUUCACCCUCAUCGAGGUUUUUACACAGUGCUUCUUUCAUCACUCCUGGAUUGAUGCUAGUUUUUGGCGGAAACACCCACAACGACACCGCGCACAGUUUCGGCGCCAAAUGCUACAGCGCCGAGCUGCUGUCUUACGACGUCACCUGCGACUCCUGGCACGUCCUGGACGUACCGCCCGACAUCCAGGGCGACCUGCCGCGGUUCGGGCAUUCGGCGGUCGUCUUCGAGAAUUCCCUCUACAUCUACGGCGGCUUCGACGGCCAGAUGUUGUCCGACAUGAUCAGGUACACCCCGGGGGAUUGCUCGCAUUUCCACCCGUCGGACGCAUGUCUGAACGCCAGGAUCGGCGUGAAGUGCGUGUGGGACCUGACGACCAGCAGAUGCGUCGACAUGGAGACGAUGAUGACGGAGGUCGAAUCGCUGGGCGAGAGCGAGAGGUGUCCCGUCAUGAACCGAUCCACGAUGACCCAACGCAUAUUCCAAAAUACGGAAAGGUGCAACAGGUUCGACGAUUGCGCGAGUUGCACGCAGACGACCAGCGAUUGCAUCUGGUGCGGCAACGUUUGUAGUUACAAGGAGUGCAGGAACACGUCGAAUACUAAGACGCUGACUGCGGCAAGGUCCAUCGAGGAUUGUCCGAGCGAGAACGGUCUGCAGUGUCAUCGUCUGCACACAUGCUCUGCCUGCAAUACCAGAUCCGAGUGCCGGUUCACCAACAAAUGCGUGCCAAAACCUUCGAACACGUCCGCCGACAUAUUCAUACCGAGCAGCCAGUGCAAGGUGUGCUCGGAGUUCAACUCGUGCAUGAACUGCACGAUAGCGGAGUGCAUAUGGUGUCAGAACGAGGGCAGAUGCGUGGAUAAGAACGCCUACACCGCCAGCUUCCCCUACGGUCAGUGCAGGGAAUGGACGACCGUUCAGAAUAAGUGUAGGAGCAAGGGCAGCAACGAAAAGUCGCAAUGCAGCUUUUAUUCCACCUGCGCCCAGUGCAGGGACGAUCCCGCUUGCGGUUGGUGCGAUGAUGGGUCGAGGACUGGUUUGGGAAAAUGCAUGCCCGGAGGUUUCGGUGGCCCCAUACUGCACAUGGAGUCUUUGCCGUCGACUACAUGUUUGCCAGAGCAGUGGCACUUCACGACGUGCCCCAAAUGUCAGUGUAACGGUCACGCAGUGUGCGUGGCGAAUACAAGCAUCUGCGAACCCUGCGGUAAUCUGACUGUUGGUGAUCACUGCGAGCACUGCGUCAAGGGCUAUUGGGGCAAUCCGAUAAACGGCGGGAAAUGCCUACCGUGCGAAUGCAACAAUCACGCAACGCAUUGCCAUCCGGAGACCGGGGAGUGCUUUUGCACCAUCAAAGGGUUAAAAGGGGAACAUUGUGAUAACUGUGACAAUAACAAUCAUUACUACAAGGACGAAUAUAAUAAUGGAUCUUGUUUUUAUGAUUUGGCUGUGGAUUACCAAUUCACUUUCAAUCUCUCCAAGAAAGAAGAAAGACACUACACGCAGAUAAAUUUCCGAAACACCCCAAGCAAACCUGACAUCGACGCCGAUUUUUCCAUCCAAUGCUCCGUGUUGGCGAAGAUGAACAUCACAGUGAGGAAGGGCACUUCGAAAGAGGAGACUCCGAUCUUCAGCAGUUACAAUUGCACCACGUUUCACUAUCGGUUCUCGAAGUCGGAAUAUAACUUUGGUCUGGAGAAUAACACCCACACCAUAUUUUAUGUUUACGUGUACGACUUCCAACCGCCGCUGUGGAUUCAGAUCUCCUUUUCGCAAUAUCCCAAACUCAACCUCCAGCAGUUCUUCAUCACCUUCUCUUCCUGCUUCCUACUGCUCCUCCUGGUAGCUGCGCUCCUGUGGAAGAUCAAACAAAGAUACGACAUCUACCGGAGGCGACAGAGGUUGUUCGUCGAGAUGGAACAGAUGGCGUCCCGUCCAUUUUCACAGGUUUUCGUCGAGAUAGAGAAGAAGGAGAACCUCGAGCCCGAAAACAAGGCCAUCGUAGCGGCUGACUGGAAACGUCGCAAAAGGGACUCUCCCAGCCCGAUCUCCCUGGAACCUUGCUUCGGCAACAGGGCUGCGGUACUUAGCCUGUUGAUUCGUUUGCCGACAGGCGGGGAACCCUACACCGUCAAGGGUCAGUCUGCCGGCCUGGCCAUAGCCAGCGCCCUCGUCACUCUCGGCAAUCCGAGGAAACUUAGCGUCGACCAGGUGAAGACGGAAACGAAGACGGGGAAGUCACGUAAGUCCCAGAGCCAGCAUCCUGACACCUUGUAAGAUGAUCUAUCGAGUGAUCAAAAAGUUUUUUAAAUGUUUUAUCUUCUUGAGAAUGAAGAGCUUUCAAUAUAGUACCAAAAACUCACCCGGCUAGGUAAUGAAUUAAAAGAGUUCGAUUUAUUUUCGAAAAUAUUCAGUUUACUUGUGGAUAUUCAAUGUUGAUACCCUAAUUAUCACUCAAAAAAUUCGUUAAUCAAACACCUCGUAAAUAUAGAAGCAUGAUUC